UCGGAGCAGCCUGAACUUCAGCAGGCGGCGUGAGAAGAAAAAAAGCUUCUUGACGUCAGCCACGUUCGAAUUCAGUUGUCCAAGAUGGCGGAGGUGAGCGGGUUGAGGAGCAGAAAUCACUUCGAGCCUAAUUGCAAAAGCCAAGUCGUUGACGAAGGCUUAAGUGGCGUGGAAGAUGUUCCCAUAUUUCAGUAUAAGCAGAAGCCCCCUUUAGUCAGACCUGAAGACCUGGAGGAUGAACUGCUUCCCAGGAUCAAAGUCUCAAACUCAGGCAAAAAUGCCAGCCUCAUCCCCUCUCCAGAUGAAGAGAUUCAGGAAGAAGAGGCUGCGGUAGAGGAAGAGAAGGCCAGGCCCAUCCAGAUCGUCCUGGCCAACGAGGAUGAGCACAGCUUUGAGCUGGAUGCUGCUGCUCUGGAGAAGAUCCUGCUGCAGGAUCAUGUGAAGGACCUGAAUGUGGUGGUCGUUUCUGUGGCCGGGGCCUUCCGCAAGGGCAAGUCCUUCCUGCUGGACUUCAUGCUGCGCUAUAUGCACAGUCAGAGUGAGUCAUGGAUAGGAGGUGAUGAUGAGCCACUGACAGGGUUCACCUGGAGGGGAGGCUGCGAGAGGGAGACCACAGGAAUUCAGAUCUGGAGCGAAGUCUUUGUGGUCGAAAAGCCUGAUGGCAGCAAGGUUGCUGUGCUCCUUGUUGAUACUCAGGGAGCGUUUGACAGCCAGUCCACCAUAAAGGACUGUGCCACUGUAUUUGCUCUGAGCACAAUGACCAGCUCUGUACAGGUUUACAAUCUCUCCCAGAACAUACAGGAGGACGACCUGCAGCAUCUGCAGCUGUUCACGGAAUAUGGCCGACUGGCAAUGGAGGAAAUCUACCUGAAACCUUUCCAGUCCUUGAUGUUCCUGAUUCGGGACUGGAGUUAUCCUUACGAACACAACUACGGACUUGAGGGAGGCAACAACUUCCUGGAGAAAAGACUGCAGGUGAAGCAGAACCAACACGAAGAGCUGCAGAACGUGAGGAAGCACAUCCACUCCUGCUUCUCCAACAUCGGCUGCUUCCUGCUGCCUCAUCCUGGCCUCAAGGUGGCCACCAACCCGUACUUUGACGGCAGGCUGAAAGACAUCGAUGGAGAUUUUAAGAGGGAGCUGGCCAAGCUGGUGCCUCUCCUCCUGGCUCCAGGCCGCCUGGUAGAGAAGGAGAUCGGAGGCAACAAAGUCACCUGCAGAGAUCUCCUGGAGUACUUUAAGGCUUACAUAAAGAUUUACCAAGGGGAGGAACUCCCUCACCCAAAGUCUAUGCUGCAGGCAACUGCAGAAGCCAACAACCUGACCGCUGUGGCAGGAGCCAAAGACAUGUACAGUAAGAACAUGGAGCUGGUCUGCGGUGGGGACAAGCCAUACAUCGCCCCGGCUGACCUGGAGCGAUGCCACGAGGAGUUCCGCGAGCACUCGGUGCGUUACUUCCGCUCCGUGAAGAAAAUGGGCGGCGAGGAGUUCUGCCAGCGCUACCAGAACCAACUGGAGGGGGAGCUGGACGAGGCUUACAGCAACUUCUCCAAGCACAAUGACGGCAAAAACAUCUUCUACACAGCGCGCACACCCGCCACACUUUUCGCGGUCAUGUUUGUCACCUACGUGUUGUCGGGGGUGACGGGCUUCAUCGGUCUGAGCACCUUAGCAGCGCUGGCUAACCUGGUCAUGGGGUUGGCGUUGCUGUCGCUCUGCGUCUGGGCGUAUGUGAAGUAUUCUGGAGAGUUUCGGGAGGUGGGAACGAUGAUAGAUCUGGUGGCCGAGACACUCUGGGAACAGGUUUUGAAGCCAUUAAGUGAACAUUAUAUGGAAGACAACGUCAGGCAGACGGUGGUUAACUCUAUCAAAGCCAGCUUGACGGAACAGGGCUCACAGCACACCAAGUUAAAGACUCACUGACGCUCUUCCUCUUCAUCAUCAUCAUCAUGUCUUCCCUCUUGUCAUGUUCAUCUCCCUCCUGCCCACUCGCUCAUUGUGUUCAAUCCUAGAACUGUGGAACUAGUUCAACACCAAAGCUGACACCCCACCCCCCCAACACACACACACACACACACACACACACACGCACACACAUCAUCAUGUCUCUGUCCCAUCUUUAUUUGCUCUUGUGGACCUGUAGGCUUGCUGUGUACUGUGCUCUUCAUCGCCCCCCAGUGCCUCAAAGCAGAAACUGCAUGUUCAUGAGAGGACCCAGCAGAGGAACUGACGGCAUAACCUCUUGCAGGACCCGAUGGACUGUCAUCUUCUCUGUUGUGCCAUGCUGUUAUUGAUGCAGCUAGUUUUGUAAAGUAUACUGUAGGCUCACACACAUCUUUGCUGGUAGUGGACUGCACUUGCUUCAGGACUGAGCUGUAAUUCAGGGAAACUGACACCGACGUGGGCAGCUGUUAUCAACGAUGGAUGCAAAUAAAAUCCUCUUCUGUGCAUGUAAUCGUUCUGUUGUACGGGCCAGACACUUCAGCCUGUUAAUUAAUAUUCCCUGAAAGCACAAGCGACUAAUUAACGACUAAUAAUAAGGUCAUUGUUAUGUUUUAUUAUUUCAGUAAAAUCAGGAAAUGGAUUUUAUGAUUCUGCUGAAUUGGAAGUAAGUUGAAACCAUGUCAAACUGAAGAAGCUGUUUUAACUGUCAAAUGUUGAGCGUGUCUGGUUGUACAAAUCUGAACUGAGAACAGAAGAGUGCGGGAAAUCAAGCAAAACUAUUUUUCUCCCUCUGAUGUACUUCUAGUUCACCUACCUGCCUCCAUGUAUUUAUUUCUCAACACUAAGUUUUGAGGUGUGUUGAUCAGGUAACAUAGUAAACCUCUCAGAUCAGGUUUCAUCUUGUCAGGCUUCUCAGUAAAUUUUUCUGUCUCUGUGUUUCCCUUUUAAUAUUGUGUGAUUGUAACCUCGCAGAGAACUGCAAGAAGCCUCGAGCCCCUGAGCCGCAGUUUCAUCCGUUUUUAAUUUUACAGCUGAUGCUUUUUAUCUGGCCUUUAUUGUCUUGUAGCGGACCUGCCAGCGCUUGGCCCUCUGUGUGGCAUUAAGAGCUACCGUGUUUUGUAGCAUUAGGCUAGCUAAUAGCUUUUAGAGCGCAGGCCUCUACAGAUUGGACUGUCAUUUUUGAACCACUUUCUCUUCCUCUGCCUUUCGUCAAAGCAGCACAAGCAUCUGUUUCCUCUUACAUUUUUCAGGAGCUGCAUGCUGUAAGUUUGAUUCUUGCUUCUGCUGUUAGAGAUUUAGAUCUUUUUUUAAGCUCGUACUCAAAUAGUUCACUUCUUGGAAAAACCUGUAUUUGGUUUCUUGUUAGAUCAGAAAAUUGACAUCACUCAUACCUGUAGGAACAAUUUGAAGCUACUGCCAACAGCUAAGCCGGUUAGUUUAGCUCAGCGUAAAGACCAAAGGCCUUAAACGGUUACUAUCCUCUCCAGUGUGUAAAAAUCUGACUGUUCCAGUACCUCUAAGGCCUAGUAAUUAUCACAGUAUGUCUCAUUUCUAAAAUUCACACACGGUUAAAUCUCAAGGUGCUCCAGAAAAUAACUUUUUUUUUUCUCCACUGUUAAGUACAAAGUAAACAGAUGUGUUAAAUGCUGGGCUUCAGAGGUGCAGGUGGGCAGAUUUAUUACCUGUAAGAGCCAGGCUAGUUGUCAGCCCAUUACCAAGCUUUAUGUUAAGCUAAGCUAACUGACUGUUGGCCGUAACUUCAUAUCCAUCUUACAUGUGAGAGUUGUAUCCUCUCGUCUGACUCUUUGCAGGCAGCUGUGCAUUUUUCUAAAAAAUGCUGAACUAUUCCUUUAACUGACAGGAAGUGAUUCUUUCCCUCUGCCUCUCUGGAUCAGCAAAGAUAAGAACCCAGUAAUUCAGAUUUCAUCCAAAGACCGCAGAGUCAGUCAAGUGGCGAGUGACUUAUAGAAUUACAGUGUGAUUAGUCCACAGGAGGAAUCUGACUGAACCCCACUUUGUUCAACAGCUGCAUCACAUCUGUCUGAGCUCUUUUGCAUUGAUUCCAUCCAGGUUGCCUCGAGCAUCAGUCCCAUACUGUACAGUCUCGCUCUUUUUCUGUGUUCACAUAUUACAAAUCGGGCAUGUACAUCGAGUUAAAUAUUUAAAUGAACUUUGUAUACAUUUUAUAGUGAAUUGGUUGACGAUGGCUGUUUGUUCUCUUGAUCAGCGUCACCAGUCUGUGAUUUGUUUGUUUGAGAAUGAUGCGUUGCUGCUGUAGGAUUCACACUAGUAUUCUCCUCAUGAGGACGGACGUUAGUAGAAACGUGGUGCGAAUAUUUCGAUUCUGAUAGAAUUUGAUUGUGACGAGUGGGUUGGAGACGAUGUCUGUCUGCCUUUUAAAGAUAUCUCUGGUAAUUUAUUUUUGAAUAAAAUGUUUACCUUAAGAAUAAAUCAUCAAUUCAA